AUGCCGCUCCUUCUAUUUGUUUUCCUGCAAUUCCUCGAUUUUCUGACAGCACAGCUUGAAAGCUCUAUGGGAGUUCAGUCGAAUAUCGACGAGUCCUCUCGGAAGGAAGUUCUUCCUCAAUGUCCAGGAGAAUGGCAGUGGGCAUGCAGAAAUGGAGAGUGUAUAGCACGUUACGAUACUUGCGACGGGAUCCCACAAUGCUCGGAUGGGUCGGACGAAUGGAAUUGCGAGCGAUGGAGUUAUUAUUUUCCUUCGAAACGCAACCACAUGUGA